AUGUCAUUUGCUGCGCUCACCUUGGAAACCGUGGGCGGGUUCUCGACAUGGCCAGUCCGGGAAACCACGGCCGCUUCAUCUGGAGUGACCACCACCGCGCUGGGCACCAGGGAUGCUACCAAAUAUGCGGGUUUGGGCCUCACAGGGGCUGAUUUCAUAGCCGGCACAGGCGUCAAAAUCGUGGGCAAGAAGAAGAAAUGGGAACGACCGGUCAUCAAACGAUGGAAGGGAACAGUCAUUGCCGUCAUAUAUUAUGAUGCCAGCCAAGCCAGCAAGAACGAGGUUUUAAUUCUGGACGGAUUCACAGAAACAGUAGCCUCGUUUGGCGCAACUUGGGGCCAAUCGGUGGCAAGGUGGAACGACGAACUCGAGGAUGACCUCAUGUAUAUAGGGUUUGCCGUCUGCCAGUUUUGUACCCUGGUCAAGUAUGGCUUGAAGAUGGUUGAUUGUGUGGUUGAAGAACUGGACUGA